AUGGCGUCCUUCGGUUCCGCAGAGUUAUUCGAUAUUUUCAACGACGAGGAACACCAAAAUGACGACAAACACGUUCCUGACGAACAAAAUCACGUUAGUCAGGUGUUACCUUCAAAUUUGAAGCGAGAACACGCUAAAGAAAAUGACCCUGAAAGUCAGCCAAAGAAGCCAAGAGAGGAUUCCAUUUCUCAUCCUACAGAUUUUCAAGACAGUGCUUUGUUCACCUUUGACAAGCAGAUAGACCGGCAUAAAUUUGAAUCAGUAGAAGGAUGCCUUCAUGAAAUUGCUGUUCCUAGGGAACUUGGGGUUGUACCUUUGAAACCAUGUGUAGGAAAACCUGUCAAAGAAUAUUCUUUUGUUCUUGACCCAUUUCAACGGCAAGCCAUUCUCUGUCUGGAGAAUGGACAGAGUGUUCUUGUUUCUGCUCAUACUAGUGCUGGCAAAACAGUUGUAGCAGAAUAUGCAGUUGCCCUUUCUUUGAAGAACAAGCAACGUGUCAUCUACACUACUCCAAUCAAAGCUCUGAGCAAUCAGAAGUAUCGGGAAUUUUAUGAAGAAUUCAAAGAUGUGGGACUGAUCACUGGUGAUGUGACUAUUAGCCCAAAUGCCAGCUGCCUGAUAAUGACCACUGAAAUACUCAGGAGUAUGCUGUAUCGUGGUUCUGAAGUUAUGCGUGAAGUUGGUUGGGUGAUCUUUGAUGAGAUCCACUAUAUGAGAGACAAAGAUCGUGGAUAUGUAUGGGAAGAAACUAUUGUUUUACUUCCAGAUAAUGUCCACUAUGUCUUCUUGUCAGCCACAAUCCCAAAUGCUCAACAGUUUGCAGAAUGGAUUUGUCAUCUGCAUAAUCAACCCUGUCAUGUUGUGUAUACAGACAAUCGUCCUGUUCCUCUUCAGCAUUAUGUAUUUCCUGUUGGUGGCAGUGGAUUGCAUUUAGUUGUGGAUGCUGAUGGAAAUUUCAAAGAGGAGCUGUUCAACAAGGCCAUGUCAAGCUUGGAAGAGCCGAGUGAUCCAGAUUAUCGACGAGUAAAACGAACUAAUAUUGUUGAGAAUGCAGGUUCCUGCUAUCGCAUCAUCAAAAUGAUCAUGGAAAGGAAUCUGGCUCCUGUGAUUGUCUUUAGUUUUAGCCGGAAAGAAUGUGAAGCAUAUGCUGUGCAGGCAGCAAAAAUGGAUCUGAAUAGUGAGCGGGAGAAGAAAUUGGUGGAUGAAGUGUUUCAGAAUGCAAUGAAUGUGCUCACUGAAGAAGACAGACAACUCCCUCAAGUUGAUAAUGUUCUUCCACUGUUGAGAAGAGGGAUUGGGAUUCAUCAUGGAGGGCUCUUACCUAUACUGAAAGAGACUGUUGAGAUUCUUUUCUCAGAAGGUCUUAUCAAAGCCUUAUUUGCAACUGAGACAUUUGCUAUGGGGUUGAACAUGCCAGCAAGGACAGUCUUAUUCACUGCUGCUAGGAAGUAUGAUGGAGUUGAGAACAGAUGGCUCAAUUCAGGGGAGUACAUUCAGAUGUCAGGACGAGCUGGGAGAAGAGGACUAGAUGAAAAGGGGAUUGUGAUUCUGAUGGUAGAUGAGAGAAUGCCAGCUGCCAUCAGCAAGAGCCUUCUCUAUGGUAAAGCAGACAAGUUAGUAUCAUCAUUUCAUUUGACUUACAACAUGGUGCUCAAUCUAUUGCGGGUGGAAGAAAUCAAUCCUGAGUAUAUGUUAGAGAGAAGCUUUUUCCAAUUCCAAAACUAUACUGCCAUACCUGACCUAUGCAAUAAAGUGAAGACCCUGACCCAGGCACAUGAAAGUAUCAUUGUUCCUAGAGAAGAAGAUGUUCGAACCUACCAUUCCCUACGUUUGACACUAGAUGGCCUUUCUAAGGCUUACCAGGAGUAUGUCACAAAGCCAGAAUACCUAGUCCCAUUUUUGCAACCAGGAAGAUUGGUCACCAUGGAUAAAAAAUUUGGUUGGUGUGUUCUGUUGGAUCGUGAGGUGAAGUCUGAGUUAACUGGUACGACUGUGACCUUGACUGUUCUAAUUAGAGCAGCUCCAGUUGAGGCGAAGACAGAAGGGCGUCUGAAGCUGGAUGAUCUGAAAGCUCCUGCUGCAGGGCAAGAGAGGCAGGGAUACAUCAUAGUUCUACCAGGUGCAUCUCUCAUGGCAGUUUCUGUAGUGCGUGUCAAUGUUCCGUCAAAAGUUUACUCACAGCAAGAGAAAAAUCAAGUAGUUACAGCUCUAGAACAAGUAGAGAAGCACUUCUCUGGUCAAGUGCCCCUUUUGGAUCCAAUUGUACAUAUGAAGAUAAAGGACAAGAAAUUUGAGGAUCUAGUCAAGAACAUCAGAAUAUUUGAGGAGAGGUUAUAUCAGCAUCCUAUUCAGAAAGACCCUGCCAUGACUGAUAUAUAUUCCAAGUUCCUUCAGAAAGAUGCCAUUGGGAAAGAACUCAUUAAAGCCAAGGUUGAACUCCGUGAAGCACGAUCACUCCUGCAUCUAGAUGAACUCAAGAACAGGAAGAGGGUAUUGAGAAGGUUGGGAUAUUGCACUGAUGCUGACGUAAUACAACUGAAGGGGCGUGUGGCUUGUGAGCUUAGUUCUUCUGAUGAACUCCUGCUGACAGAGAUGAUGUUUGAAGGUGCAUUCAAUGAAUUAGAUGCUGCAAAAGCAGUUGCUCUCCUCAGCUGCAUGGUGUGUGAUGAAACUGCAAAGGAAUAUCCUAAGCUUAGUGAGGAAUUGACUGCUCCUCUGAGGAAAAUGCAAGACUUGGCUAAAAAAAUUGUCAGGGUGACUGUAGAAUGCAAAAUUCCUAUGGAUGAAGAGGAGUAUGUGAAGAAAUUCAAGCCCUACCUCAUGGAUGUUGUUUAUGCCUGGUGCAAAGGUGCUAACUUUUCUAAAGUGUGUGCCAUGACUGACAUAUUUGAGGGAAGCAUAAUACGAAGUAUGAAACGGUUGGAGGAACUCCUUCGUCAGAUGUGCCAGGCUGCAAAAGCCAUUGGAAGUGCAGAACUAGAGCAAAAAUUCUUGGAGGGAGGUAAAAUGCUGAAGAAAGACAUUGCAUUUGCUGCAAGUUUGUACCUGUGA